UGACAAGAGUGACAAUAAAUACCACUGCUGUUGCAAAUUUUUAUGCUUUUUGUAGAGAAAGACGAAAAGUAGAAGGUUGGUAAAUAGAAUUUUGGUGUUAGAUUUGGAUUUAAGUAAGAAUAUAUAUUGUUAGUUUCAUUAAUAAGUUAAUUGUCCAAUAUGUCUGGUCGUGGUAAAGGAGGGAAAGUUAAAGGCAAGAGCAAAAGUCGAUCUAAUAGGGCUGGACUGCAAUUUCCAGUGGGGAGAAUUCAUCGUUUGUUAAGAAAAGGGAAUUAUGCAGAACGUGUUGGUGCUGGUGCACCAGUAUAUCUAGCAGCAGUUUUAGAAUAUCUUGCCGCUGAAGUGUUGGAAUUAGCUGGAAACGCUGCUAGAGAUAACAAAAAGACGAGAAUUAUUCCUCGCCAUCUUCAGCUAGCGAUUAGGAACGAUGAAGAAUUGAACAAGUUACUCUCUGGUGUGACCAUUGCUCAAGGUGGAGUUCUUCCCAACAUUCAAUCAGUUUUGCUUCCUAAGAAGACUGGUCAAACUACCACUGGUGGGAAGCCCAAGAAGGGUGUUGCAAGUCAAGAAUUUUAAGCUGGAACUUGCAAGUGUGAGAUCAUCAUGAGGUUUUUGUACAGACUUCAUUCUUCACUGAAAGUGAAUAUAGCUUAAGACUAAAAAAAAAAAUUCCUUCUGUGCUUUGACCUAAUUUUGUAUUUUAAUUCAUAUAUAUCUUAAGCUUAUUUCAUCACAUUUUGUUAAUUUAGUUCUCAGCCAGUUUGCUACUCUUAUAAACUGAAAUUGAAUUUCAAACUAGUUUGUUGCCUUAAGCCUAAGGAAAAAAAUUUCAACCCACUUGUAAAAAGAAAGUGAAUAAAAAGUUUGUCUCAGUUUCCAGUGUUAA